UCUUUUCUUACAAGAGUGAGUCUCCCCCUAUCACUGACCCAUGCCUGUGUUUAGGUUUUGUCAUAUAUGUCUGUGGGUUUAUGAUGACUGGUAGCCUUUCUCAAGAGCUGUACUGUUUUCCAGGCUCCAAUGCUUCGUGUGUUAUAGCACAGUUUGGUGUGGGGACCAAAGCUACCCUCACUUUGUUGUUUGCUUUUGGCAUGCUGGUUACCAUUUUGGGGAACUCUGUAGUCAUUGUGUCAAUAAGUCAUUUCAAGCAGCUGCAUAAUCCUACUAACAUGUUUAUUUUAUCUCUUGCUCUUGCUGACCUACUAGUGGGUGUUAUUGUUAUGCCCUUCAGUGCCUUCCGGACCAUUCAUGGCUGCUGGUUCUAUGGUGAUGCCUUCUGUCUGCUGCACUCCAGUUUUGAUAUGUUUCUUACCAGUGUCUCUAUCUUCCACCUAAUUUGCAUUGCUGUAGACAGACAACAAGCAAUUUGCAAUCCUCUGCAUUACUCUAGGAAAAUCACAAUGCCAGUGGCCUGGUUUAUGAUAUGUGUUAGCUGGACACUGGCUGCUGUCUACUCUUAUGGACUACUUUACUCCAAGGCUAACAUAGAAGGGUUAGAGGACUAUAUACUAUCAAUAAACUGCCUUGGCAGUUGUAACCUUCUCUUUAACCCCCUUUGGGGAGUCUUAGAUAGUAUUACUGCCUUUUUCUUUCCCUGCACUGUAAUGGUUUGUCUGUACACUAAAAUAUUUAUUGUGGCUAAAGAGCAUGUAAGAAAGAUUGGAGAUAUGAACAAUUGUUCAAAUGACAGAGGAAAGGGUGGGUUGAUUAAACAGUCUGAGCACAAGGCUGCAAAGACUCUGGGUAUUGUGCUUGGUGCAUUCAUCUUCUGUUGGAUGCCCUUUUUCAUAAAUUCAAUAAUCGAUGCCUUUACUGGCUUCAGCACACCUGUUGCCAUCUUUGAAGCAUCUGUUUGGUUGGGUUACUUCAAUUCAACCUUAAACCCAAUUAUUUAUGCAUUGUUUUAUCCUUGGUUUAAGAAAUGUUUUUAUCUCAUUGUCAAUCUGAAAAUAUUUAACCCCCAUUCUUCAACCAUAAAGGUGCAUGUUCUGACACAUUUAUAACAGUACUGUUGAGUGUUUGUGGAUGUCUUUGCAUUAAGAGCAGGUUUAAAUGCUUUAAUCAUAACUUAGAUGGACAUUUAACUUUUACUGACAUUCUUUUUUUUCCUGCUUCAAUCUCUAUAGCAUUGUGUCCCAUGUGCCUGUGGCAGAUUUUUGUACCCUUUUGGAAACUUUGAAUACAUUAAUCUAUCAAAGCUUUAGCCACAUUUAAACAUUUAAUGUCCCUAAGCAUUUGGUUCUAUGUUAUUCUGAUUAUCACCAAAGUUCACACUAUUACAUUACAUUCCAGUUAUUGACUAAUCAUUGUGUGCCACCAUAUAAUAAAUAAAUGAUUAUAUACCUAAGGUUUAUAGUGCCUAACACGUAUUACAUGAGAAGCUGUAUUGUUUUUAUUAUAUAUAUAGUGGAGUUAAAAUGUACAACUGCUUCAGUUGACAAGGUAAUAAAACAUUAGACAUUAAACAUUGAGACUAAAACAGUUAAUUACAUAAAACAGAAUCAAGUAAUUAAUUGAGGCAUACUUUGUGGAAGUUUGUUGCCCAUCUUGUUUCCAUGUCAGCAGACUAGUGCUAACCAACCUCAGAGGACUGUAGAGUUGACUGAAAAGGACCAAGGACUGACAAGAUCAGAGUAUUUUGUUUUGAAACCUUUAAAUAAUUUAUUCAAUUCAAUUCAAUUUUAUUUAUAUAGCACCAAAUCAUAACUUAAGUUAUCUCAGGACACUUUUCAAAGGACAGAGACGGAAACAGAGGUGCACAGCAAGCAACAGUAGCAACAACUACACUAAUAGUAGUGACUGAUGGUGAUAAUGAUGAUGAAUAUGAAGAAGAUGAUGACGACGAUGACAAUUAUAAAUGUAUUUUAAAAUUAUCUGGCAGACUGGACUUUAAUAUGUAAUGUUCAACUUUCAUAAUCUUUGUUAAGAUUUAAGCAGCAGCAUUACACUAAGCUGCAUGUCCAAUGUCUUGGAUUUGUAAUUCUUGCUGUGGAUUUACAUUCACUCUUUGUUACUUUAAUUAAGUAAUUUUUAUGUACUCGUAAAUCUAAAAAAACAUAUAUUUUCAAGGAUUGUAAUGUGAUAUAUUUCAUGGACUUUAAUGUGCAUACUCAAUUAGUCCAUAAGGGCUGUCCCAAAUGGUCAGAAUCAGAAUCAGAAAUACUUUAAUAAUCCCCCAAACCCACAAUUGCAGGUUAUGUAACAUGUUUUGCUGUCGUCAAGGUAACGUGUUAGAUUGAUAUAGGAUUUAACAUUACUAUUUAUACGUGCUUUACAUGGUUGAAACAGGAUUAAAACUGUUCAGGAUUGGGGCAAAAAAAUAAGGCAAUUAAAAUAAGUUAAACCCCAAAAAAUAAGUAAAAUACAACAUAUUCAAUAACAGAUAAGAUUAAAUAAAAUGGUGUGCUGAAAUGAAUAAAAUGCUUUUUUGAGAUACA